AGUUUGAAUUUCAGUUUCUCCGGGCUUGACGAGCCGGCCGCGCCGAGGUGAAGCGGAAGACGCCGCCACCGGUCCCCUCACGCUGCCGAGCGCCUCCGCCCGCCUGCCGUUCCCUCAGCCGCCGCCGCCCCUCACACGCCUGAGCAGCGAGGAGGCCGGGCCCGCCGCCGCCGCCGCCGCGGGGGGCUCCCUGAGGGAGGCCAGACUGCCGGCCUUCCCCGCCCCCGAGCGGGUUUCCGCUGCCACCGCCGGCAUGGCCCCCGGGCUGCGCUCUGGCUAGAGCCGGGGACGGAGGGCUGCCUCCCACCGCGGACCUCCAGCCCCGUCGGGAAGCGCCCGUCCCGGCCUCGCCGCUCCGCCUUCUUCCUCCGCGUCGCCGCGCGGGAGCAGCCGCGGGCCCCGGCCGGAGGAGCCCGAGCGGGGCAGAACCGCCCCUCACGCCGCCGCCGCCUCCUGCGCCCUGCGCUCCACCCCCAGCCGGGCCUGCUGACCGCGCCGAGCGCCGGGCUGGACUGACCGCGGCGGCUGAGCCUGGCGAGCAGCCGGCCCGCCCCUGGACCACGCUCCAGCAGUCACUGACGGCUUGAGUCGAGGCGCCGCGGCCCGCGGGAGGUGAGGAGGAUGUCGCGCCGAGAGGCCGGCGCCCAGAGCAGUCGGUGACUUGCGGCGCGGGCCGUAGACCCAGGCGCGAAGUCGGACUUUUGUCUUUGGGGGCCCGUGCUCGGUCCUCGUCGGUUUCCGGUUGGAAUCUCAAGAGGAGCCUCUGCCCUCCAGCCUUCUUUCUCCACCAUGUCCAAGAUGCCGGCCAAGAAGAAGAGCUGCUUCCAGAUCACCAGUGUCACCACGGCUCAGGUGGCCACUAGCAUCACCGAGGACACAGAGAGCUUGGACGACCCGGACGAGUCGCGCACGGAGGACGUGUCCUCCGAGAUCUUCGACGUUUCCCGGGCCACGGAUUACGGCCCCGAGGAGGUGUGCGAGCGCAGCUCCUCGGAAGAGACGCUCAAUAAUGUCGGGGAUGCGGAAACUCCCGGGACCGUGUCGCCCAACCUCAUCCUAGAUGGGCAGCUGGCAGCCGCCUCAGCAGCGCCCGCCAACGGAGGCGGCGGCGUGUCGUCCCGGAGCGUGGUGGGGGCGCUCGCCCAGACCUUGGCGGCGGCCAGCACUCCGGUGUCCGCCCCGAGCCCCGGUGGCGCAACUCCAUCUCAGCCCCCCGCCACUUGCAGUUCCCGUUUCCGCGUGAUCAAGCUAGACCACGGGAGCGGGGAGCCAUAUCGGCGCGGCCGAUGGACGUGUAUGGAGUACUACGAGAGGGAUUCGGACAGCAGCGUCCUCACUAGGUCCGGGGAUUGCAUUAGACACAGCAAUACUCUGGAGCAGACCGCGGAGCGGGACAGUGGCCUGGGCGCCACCGGAGGGUCGGUGGUGGUGGUGGUGGCCUCCAUGCAGGGGGCGCACGGGCUGGACUCGGGAACUGACAGCUCCUUGACUGCUGUGUCACAGCUACCCCCGUCGGAGAAAAUGAGCCAGCCCACUGUCGGCCAGCCGCAGACUUUCAGCGCUGGGCAGCCGCAGCCUCCGCCGCCCGUAGGUGGGGCUGUGGCUCCAAGCGCGGCGUCGCUGCCGCCGUUCCCGGGAGCGGCGACCGGGCCGCAGCCCAUGACGGCAGCCGCUCAGCCAGCCCAGCUGCAGGGAGCCGUAGCCGCCGGCACCCUCCCGGGGCCUGUUGGCCAGGGUCUGCCACCGACGAAUGUAACCCUGGCGCAGCCCGUGGCCCUGGCAACUCAGUCGGGCCCCGGCUCCUCGUUGCCGCAGCACCCCCAGCAGUUCGCUUAUCCCCAGCCUCAGAUACCACCAGGGCAUCUGUUGCCGGUCCAGCCCUCCGGCCAGAGUGAGUACCUGCAGCCACACGUGGCCCUGCAGCCGCCAAGUCCUGCGCAGCCCUUGUCCACCAGCGCUGGCGCGACCUCUGCGCCUGCGGCCAGCUUUCCUUUGGGCUCUGGCCAGAGCGUCUCCUCCUUGGGUGCGCAGAUGAUGGGCGCCUCUUCCCAGCCCACCGAGGCUGUGGCUCCGGGUCCUGUUCCAGGCGUCCAGGCCGCCCCUUGUCAGCCUGCGGGAGUGGCCCCAGCUGCUAUAGGAGGCGUGGUGCAACCAGGCUCGGGGCUUACCGGGGCUGGGCAGCCCCAUUCCGUGCAGCCUCCGCCUCAGAUGGGUGGCAGUGGUCAGCUGUCAGCUGUGCCUGGUGGUCCUCACACCGUGGUGCCCGGAGUUCCAAACGUGCCUGCCGCGGUACCCGCUCCAAGCGUGCCUAGUGUGCCCACCACUUCUGUUACUAUGCCAAAUGUACCCUCGCCUCUGGGCCAGUCUCAACAGCUGAGCAGCCAUACGCCAGUCAGCCGGAGCAGCAGCGUCAUACAGCAAGUUGGGCCGCCCUUAGCGCAAGGCACACACAGUGCACCAACAAGUCUACCACAGUCUGACCUAAGCCAGUUUCAGACUCAGACCCAGCCUUUAGUCGGGCAAGUUGACGAUACUAGAAGAAAAUCAGAACCCCUACCUCAACCACCACUUUCUCUCAUUGCUGAAAAUAAGCCUGUUGUGAAGCCUCCAGUUGCAGAUGCCCUGGCAAAUCCCCUUCAGUUAACACCUAUGAACAGUCUGGCCACCUCUGUAUUCAGCAUAGCUAUUCCUGUUGAUGGUGAUGAAGACAGGAAUCCUUCAACUGCUUUCUACCAAGCGUUCCAUUUGAACACGUUUCAGGAAUCAAAGAGCCUCUGGGAUAGUGCAUCUGGGGGCGGUGUUGUAGCCAUUGACAACAAAAUAGAACAAGCAAUGGAUCUGGUGAAAAGCCAUUUGAUGUAUGCAGUAAGAGAAGAAGUGGAAGUUCUAAAGGAGCAAAUAAAAGAAUUAGUGGAAAGAAACUCUUUACUUGAACGAGAAAAUGCACUGUUAAAAUCUCUUUCAAACAAUGAUCAGUUGUCCCAACUCCCAGCCCAACAGGCCAAUCCUGGUAGCACUUCUCAACAACAAGCAAUGAUAGCACAGCCUCCUCAGCCAACGCAACCUCCACAGCAGCCGAAUGUUUCCUCAGCAUAAAGCUUUCUUAAGCCUCAUUAAGGAAAAAAACGAAAGCAAUCUUUCCUUGUGUGCCACUGGUGUUCUUUCCACUUUAUAGAAAGCAAGUAGCCAUGCUUCGGCUGUGUGCUUGGCCUUUUCAGUAUUAGACAAUCGUUCUACAGGAGCUUUCCCUCUCUAAAGAUGUCAUGCAGCACUGUUGAUGUCCACUUCUAUGUCAUCAGUACAUGAGGAGAAUAAUAGACGGGGUUUAUUAAAGCAAGCAGAGUCUACAUUCUACAUGUGCGCAUGAGUGGGAUCUUUAAAAGUUUUGGUGGCUCUCCCAUGUUUCUUAUCACCCAUGGAUUUACCUUGAGCCUUCCUGUCACAUUAUAAAUAACAGUUCAUCUAAAGAGCCACUUUUCUUUCAAUAUCAAUAACAUUUGCCUACGUAAGUUUUCAUUUAUUUUGUGUUUUAUUUAUUACAGGGCUGCUAUUUUCAUAAUGUACAUGAACAAUGUCACAGAACUUUUUUAAUUUUUUUGAAUAAUUAUAAGUAUCAGUAAAGGAAUUGAAAGACAGGAUUACAUUUAAUAAAUAAAAUGUUUAGGCAAUAAUUGAACAAAAGAAUCCUGGCACAUUUCUAACACUAAUGGCAAUUUACCGUUGGUAUUUAUUUUCAAUAGUAAAGAUCCAGCUUGAAUGUAAAUUUUGUAUAGUGUAAGUAUGAAAAACACAGUGCACCUGUACAGGUAGUCACCAGUUAUUGUGAUAUAAUAAAUAAUUGGGCUAUUUUCAUGAAGAAAACUUUGUUCAUUUGUUUCUACUUUCUAAUAGAAAUUGCCAUGAUUCCUCUGCUUUUCAACAUUUCGUAUGACUUUUUUUUCUUUUCUUUUUUUCUUUCUUUUUUUUUUUUUUUUUUUUUUUUUUGGGUGGGAAUAAAAAAAAAAGCUGUGAAAUUGUUCAACCUACUUUGUAACCAAAGAAGCAAAGCUGUGUAAUGGAGUUUUGUUUUGUUUUAUAAUGCACAUUCUUUAUGUAUUUUUAUUUAGUGUUUUCUUGGUCACAAUUUUCUUUGCUGUCUAGCAUGAUCUGCAUGGCCUGUAAUCUUUGAACCACUUUCGUACCUCAUGUUUUUAUCCAGCACUCUUGUUGUACUGUGUACUAGUCUGUGAACAAUGUCAAUAAAAAGAACGAACAGGUCGUAUGGUGGAGCUGAGCUAGUGUACAAUGCACCAGUUGUACAAAACAAAAAUGAAGUGAGCCAUCUUUUGUUCAUUUAAAAUGGUGUUUUGAAUUUCAUAUGCAGAAAACGUUUUGUUACAUUGCAAAUUUUAAUGUAUUUAAUAAAUGCAACAUGCAGAUUAAGUGCAGUGUAUACUGAGUAUUUAAAUUAAAAUGUACAUUUCAUAAAUACAGUUUCAAGAGAAAGCAUCAUUUUGUGUAUACUAACACAUUAAGUGUAUGUCAGAAAUUGAUGUAAAAAUAUAUAUUUUAACACAUUUUCUGAAAUUAAACUACAGUUUUGUUCAAA